AUGGAUAUCGAUAGCCAGGAAGGUGACGGCCAACAAAUGGUUCCCGAUGACCAUGACCGACCCUUUUCACCCUCUCGUAAUGUUUUUAUCGUGUGUGGGAUGCCCGGCAUUGGGAAGAGCUACUUUCUUUAUUACGUCCUCGUCGAACGUCUUCUCGCACGCCUUCCUACCUGUUUACAGACCGAACCCGAUUACUUUAUUUAUUGGCAUGCCAUGGGCUUGUCUCGCAUCUCCAUGACUGAAUUCGGCGAGAUCCUCCCCGACAAUGUCUGGUUCCUUGUGGAUUCAAACCAGGACAAUGUAUAUCCUAGGGACAAGAUAUUGCAUUCGGGUGCUCGGACACUCCAAGCGACCCCUUCGCGGGCCAAUCGACUUAAUUGGAUAGAUAAGCUUGAUGUGCAGCCCUAUCAAUGGUAUAUGAAACCCAGCCCAGUACGAGAACUGUUGAUGAUGUACGCUGCGUAUAAUUUCUUCAUUGUUAUAACCUUUUCACAUUUUGCAUAG